CAGAAUUGACAGGUUCCGCCGCAACUCUCAUCAUGCUCAGCCGUCAAACACAAGCCGUCCGACGGAUGUCGGCGUCCGCCAAGGUGUGGAUCAACAAGGACACCAAGGUCAUCUGUCAAGGGUUCACCGGCAAGCAAGGUACCUUCCAUUCGGAACAAGCGAUCGCAUACGGCACCAACUAUGUCGGCGGCGUGACCCCCAAGAAGGGUGGUACUACCCAUUUGGGUCUUCCCGUGUUCAACACGGUGCAAGAAGCUAAGGACGAAGUGGGCGCGGAAGCGUCCAUCAUCUUCGUGCCCCCGCCCUACUGCGCGCAAGCCAUCAUCGACGCCAUCCACGCCGAAAUCCCGUUGAUCGUCGCUAUUACCGAAGGCAUCCCACAACAGGACAUGGUCAAGGUGAAGUGGCACUUGAACCAGCAAUCCGCGUCGCGCUUGAUCGGGCCCAACUGCCCCGGUAUCAUCAAGCCCGGUGAGUGCAAGAUGGGCAUCAUGCCUGGUUACAUCCACUCCAAGGGUAAGAUCGGUAUCGUGUCGCGUUCCGGCACUUUGACCUACGAAGCCGUGCACCAAACGACCUCCACUGGUUUGGGUCAAUCGACCGUCAUUGGUAUCGGCGGGGACCCGUUCAACGGCACGAACUUCAUCGACUGCUUGGAACGCUUCACCAACGACCCGGAAACCGAAGGCAUCAUCAUGAUCGGUGAAAUCGGCGGGACCGCCGAAGAAGAAGCCGCCGAGUGGCUCGCCGAAUACGGCGAUCCCAACAAGCCCGUGGUCAGUUUCAUUGCCGGCAUCACGGCCCCGCCCGGCCGCCGCAUGGGUCACGCCGGUGCCAUCGUCUCUGGAGGCAAGGGCACGGCCGAAGGCAAGUUCGCCGCUUUGGAAAAGGCCGGUGUUGCCGUCACCCGGUCCCCUGCCCGCCUCGGCACGACCAUGUUGCAACAAUUCGCCAAGCGCGCUGGCAACUAAGCCCGUUGUCGUUGUGCAUUGGUUGUAUGUAGCCAUAUCCCCAUUAUACCCUUGAAAAUACUAUGCAGUAAUAUGCAUGCUCGGAUGGGA